AUGGGGAAAAUUGAUGAUCUCUCAAGCCUCUCUAAGGGUGAACUUCUUCAGCUAGCAAAACUUGCUGAGCAUGCAGAGCGCUACGAAGAAAUGGUUGAAUUCAUCAGAGCCUAUGUCCAAAAAGACCGAUCAGCGCUAUCGACUGAAGACAGAAACCUCCUUUCAGCUGCCUACAAGAAUCUCGUAGGAAAUAGAAGAACUUCAUGGAGAAUCCUGAACUCCAUUGAGCAAAAAGAAACUAAACGUGGAAAUGACGAAAACAAGCAAAGAGCUGCAGACUAUAAGUUGAGAGUAGAAAAUGAAUUAAGAAGCUUCUGAAAAGUUAAUUAUUAUUAAGGAUUUUAGCAGCACGACGAAGCCGUGCUUUCUUUAUAAUGCCUAGGAUUUAUAGUCAUUUAAUUGUAAUACUAUAAAUAAAGGUUUCUCAUAUUUUUAUAUUGUGUAAGCUUCUGCAGAGAAAUUCUCAGAUUAAUCGACACUGAUUUGAUCCCACAAGCAGCAGAUGACGAGAGCAGAGUUUUUUACCUAAAAAUGAAGGGAGAUUAUUAUAGGUACAUCUGCGAAUUCACUCUUGGACAAGCCAGGGAUGAAAGCUCAAAGAAUGCCUUGGAGUGCUACCAGCAAGCAUUGACCCUUGCAGAGACAGGCUUAGAUCCAACUCAUCCAACCAAGCUUGGGCUUGCUUUGAACUUCUCAGUCUUUAAGUACGAAAUUUUGCAAAACCCUAGUGAAGCUUGUGCAAUGGCCAAGCAAGCUUUUGAUGAUGCAAUUCCUAGCUUAGACGCUUUAACUGAUGAAGCUGCUUAUAAAGACGCAACAAUGAUUCUUCAACUUUUGAGAGAUAAUUUGACUCUUUGGCAAUCAGAAGAAGCCGAAAGCUAA